UUCAGCUAAAAGCUUUUUGUGCUGCCGGUGCAGCAGAAUAGAGGGACAAGGAGAGCGGAUGGGAGUGGUUAAAGGAGAGGGAGGGAAAACGAAGGGCCUCCCUCGCCGUUACCAGGGCAACUUGAUGUCACAGUGACAUCACGCACCACUAAAAGCUUUUAACCGGAUUCGUCUCCCGCUUUAGGCCCCAUUUUGAGUCCUUUUUCAGCUAGGCUAGGGGGAAGGGCACAGGCAGGACAGAGUGUGUGUGUGUGUGUGUGUGUAUGCCUUCCUGCAUGUAUCACUCCCUCACCUUCACUGCAGAUUCAACCCAGCUCUUAGCACAGUAAAAGACUUUCAAAUUCAACCUCUAAAGAUCCUAUUUCUGCAAACACAGCCGGCACAGGCCAAGAGAACCAUUUCAAAAAUGGCAACAGAGGAUGGUUUCAGCUAUCUAUUGCCAGGCCACAAUGAGAAACACAGGCGGGCCCCGAACUGGACCGACGGUGAAAUGAAAGCCCUCCUGUACGUGUGGGAGGAACACCACAACGAACUGAAAAUGAGUAAGAGGAAUGCUAAGGUUUACGAGAAGAUGUCCCAGAGGUUUUUCCAGCUGACCGGGGAGCAGCGUUUCAAAGAGGAGAUCAAGAUGAAAAUCACCAACAUGUCUUUUCAGUACAGGCGACUGAAAUCCGCAGUCAGUGAAAGUGGGGAGACGCCGGACUGGCCGUAUUACAAGCCCAUCGAGAAGAUCCUCUCCAAGCCGCUAGAGAACGGGCGGGUGAACUCUGUGGAGUUCAAUGCCUCCGGUGCAGGUCCCUCCACUUCCUCCCAGUCUACAGACAACCUGGUGCCCCAGUCAGACGAGGGGAUGAUGGGAUUCCUGCCAGAGUACACAGGCUCCUCAGAUGAGAUGGAGAUAAAACAGGAGCUGGAGUCUUUGAGCUCUGACAGUGAGCACACACAGGGCUCCAGCUCUCACCCUAUUUCAGCCAGGAAAAGGCAUGCCAACAAGCACCUAUCCAUGAAGAGAAAGAAACUGCGAGUGAUGCAGGCCAUGUUGCAGCAACAAAGGAGGUCGAGCCGGGCCAUAGAGGAGACGUGCAGAGAGGUCCGUCGUGCCAUGCACCAACAGAACCUCCUGCAGGUCCAAUGUCUGCAGCUGCAGGAGCGCAUGAUGAACCUUCUGGAGAAGAUGAUUCAGCCUCCCUCCGCCACGUCAGCAUCGUGGGGUCAGAGUGGGGUUAAAGAUCCAGGGAAGCCAUGAAGUGUUAGGGUUAUGGUUGACUGGGAGAGAUCUUGCCUCACCCAUAGCCUUGUAGAAGCUAAAUGUAAAUGUAGCCUAUAUUUAUUAGGCAUUUCAGUUUACAUCAGACAUUUUUAAGGUUUAUCGUGUUGCAUAUGUCAAAGUAUAGCUCUUGUAUAGCAGUAUAGAGAGGUACAAAAAAUAUGCUGUUACGAUUUCUGAAGGUGGCCUCACUCUGAAUAUCAUUAAUGGAAGAUGACUGCUGGCACAUUAGCAUCCACCAUAAUUCAGUCUCCAAUCUGAGCUGUCAUUGUUAGGAUAGCUGUAUGAGAUCGUCUUUCUUGAUAAUUUGUCAAGUACCCUAUUAAAAUCACUGUGGGUCUUAUCUUGUCACUUUAUUAUUAUUAUUUUUUUUUUACUGUGCCAGGAUAUUUACAUGAUUGCAAAGGUUUGAUGCCAAAACAGGGCAAUUUGUAGCAUUAUGAACCAGCAGUUGAGGCAAUAAUCCCUGCUGUUAUUGAAGUAACAGAAAACAAGCUGUCAGCAAAUGGCAUCAUAACCAACAGAAGAUGCAGCUCUCAAAUAUUUCCUUUUUGUGCUCAAUAGCAGUACUGUCAGCAUUAACAAAAAAAUGUUGCCUAAUGUCGCCCACGGAUGAGACAGAAUUGCUUCUAACCUUGAUUUAACAAUGUUAUACUGAUGUGUCUGUGUAGAAAGAAACUGGAAAAGACGGUGACUCUCAGAAAGUGGCCACACUGAGAUUAUAAGAAUGAAGGGCACCUGCUUUCAACUGAUAGAACGGUAGAAGGCAAGGUUUAUUUAGAUAUAAUAAAUACAACCCAAACAGAUAUUGAGUCCACUUGCUCAUUCUUCUAUUCACGUCCAGCAACUUACGAUUGUGCAUCUCUGCGACCACACAGAUUCUUUAUUGCCCAUUAAUUGGACAGAGUAAGGACAAACAAAUAACGUGUUUAAUCUGAGGUGGCACUGUACAUUUAGGAUUAGAUACAAAUGCAAACCUCAAGUCAGAAGCUAAAAAACAUGUUUUCUUUCCUGAGAUUUCUAAACUUUAAGAUGUAAAGAUGUCCUUGUUCUUAUCUCUGCAUUUCUGCUAAUAAAACAACACACAGUCUAA